GAGCGGAGCGGGAACCGGAGGGACCGCAGGCGGAGCGGGGCCCGGGGCGGCAGGCAUCGGUGAAGGCUGGUCUGCAUGAAAAUACUGGCUGAGGAGUCAGGUGUGCUCGACAAGGAGUGGUGCCCCUUGGGAAGAAAGCUCUGAUUAUUAACGGGAAAAUAAUACUGGAACAGAAUGUUGCUUACCUUUUGCCUGAAAAGGUGAAAUCUUUUCAAACAGAAAUGGCUGAUAAGGGUGGAAAGAUCCUUCCAGGACAAUUGUACAUUCAAGUGGAGUACGACUAUGAGUACGAGGCCAAGGACAAGAAAAUUGUGAUUAAGCAAGGGGAGAAAUACAUCUUAGUGAAAAAAACUAAUGAUGAUUGGUGGCAGGUCAAAAGAGACGAAAAUUCCAAACCCUUUUAUGUGCCAGCACAGUACGUGAAGGAAAUACCCCGAAAAGCACUGAUGCCACCUGUUAAGCAGGCAAGCAUGCUGCCAAAUAACACUUUGAAGUUGACACAUGGAUUACAGAGAUCGACAGAAAAUGUGAAUAAGUCACCAGAGCUUUCUAGUUUUGGAAAAUCUCCAGUUCAAGUGUCUUGCUUAGUUCGAGAUGCCAAUCAAAAUCUGGGACCGAACAGUACCCCUGCUCAAACUCUUGGUUUGAGUCUGGACCUUACCCAAAACAAUGGAAAACUUAACAACGAGUUGCAAUCUCCCAAGGUUUCCAAUCAGUUUAGAACCAUCUCCAUGGGUCAUUUCCCAUGCCCAGAGUUCUUGGAAAUAGAGAAGACCAGCUUUUUGCAUGAACAAUCUUGUGAUUCAGCAGGAGAAGGCUCAGAAAAAAUUCACCAAGAUUCAGAGUCUGGAGAUGAACUCAGUAGUAGCUCCACGGAACAAGCACAGCCAACUACUCCACCAAGCCAAGGGAGGCCUGAUUCACCAGUUUAUGCUAAUUUGCAAGAACUGAAAAUAUCUCAGUCUGCACUUCCACCACUACCUACAAGUGCUCCGGUCCAAAUAAAUGGGGAAUGGGAAACCCAUAAAGAUACGACAGGACGCUGUUAUUACUACAACAGAGGAUCACAGGAGCGAACCUGGAAACCUCCACGGUGGGCCCGAGAUGCAAGCAUUAAUAAAGGGGAUCCCCAGAGCCAUGCAGAUCAUGAGCAUCUUUCAUCAGAAGAAAACGACCACAGUUCUUGUUACAGCCAGUCAGAUAGUCAGUAUGGUUCUCCUCCAAAGGGUUGGUCAGAAGAGUUGGAUGAACAUGGUCAAACCCUAUAUACCAAUGACUAUACUAAUGAAAAGUGGAUAAAACAUGCAGAUGAACAAGGUAGACCAUACUACUACAGUGCUGAUGGUUCCCGAUCAGAAUGGGAGUUACCUAAGUAUAAUGCUUCACCACAGCAACAGAGAGAUAUAAUAAAGAGUAGGAGUCUGGACAGGAGGCUACAAGAACCAAUAGUUUUAACAAAAUGGAGGCACAGCACAAUUGUGCUGGACACCAACGACAAGGAAUCAUCAACUGCUUCUAAGACCAGCUUUCCUGAAAAUGAGUCCUCUCCUUCUUCACCAAAGCAUCAAGCCACAGGCCAAGAAAAGUAUGGUUUAUUAAAUGUGACAAAAAUUACAGAAAAUGGGAAGAAAGUUCGAAAGAAUUGGAUGUCAUCAUGGGCAGUGUUACAAGGGUCGUCACUGCUGUUCACUAAAACCCAAGGAAGUGGAACUGGCUGGAAGUUUGGUGUCAAUCAGUCUAAGCCAGAAUUUACAGUGGAUCUCAAAGGGGCGUUGAUUGACUGGGCCUCAAAGGACAAAUCCAGCAAAAAGAAUGUUAUUGAGCUAAAAACCCGCCAAGGAACUGAGCUCUUAAUUCAAUCUGAUAAUGACGGCUUUAUUAAUGAAUGGUAUAAGGUUCUUAACUAUACCAUCAAUAAUCAGGUAAUAGAGCCUGAUGAACCAUUAGAAGAUGAGGUACCAGAUUCUCCUGGGGUGGAAAAACAAGACAAAGAGAAAGAGAAGGAGAAUAAAGACUCUAAGAAACUUCGUUCAGUGAAAGCACCUAGCAAUAUAGAUUCCACAGAUCAGAAAAAGACCAAAACGAAGCUCAAGAAGUUUCUGACACGGCGCCCUACGUUACAAGCCGUCCGUGAAAAAGGCUACAUUAAGGAUCAAGUUUUUGGUUCAAAUCUCACCAGCUUGUGUCAAAGAGAAAACGGCACGGUGCCAAAGUUCGUGAAGCUGUGCAUUGAGCAUGUUGAGGAACAUGGAUUAGAUAUUGAUGGCUUAUACAGAGUUAGUGGCAAUCUUGCAGUGAUACAGAAGCUAAGAUUUGCAGUCAACCAUGAUGAGAAACUGGACUUGAAUGACAGUAAAUGGGAAGAUAUUCAUGUCAUCACAGGAGCUUUAAAGAUGUUUUUCAGAGAAUUGCCAGAGCCGCUGUUCACUUACAAUCACUUCAAUGACUUUGUCAAUGCAAUUAAGCAAGAGCCAAGGCAGCGUGUCCCUGCUGUUAAAGAUUUAAUAAAACAGUUGCCAAAACCAAAUCAGGACACUAUGCAGGUACUCUUUAGACACCUGAAGAGAGUUGUAGAAAAUGGAGAAAAGAACCGAAUGACCUAUCAAAGUAUAGCGAUAGUUUUUGGUCCAACCUUAUUAAAACCAGAGAAAGAGACUGGUAACAUAGCAGUCCACACAGUAUACCAGAAUCAGAUUGUAGAGUUAAUUCUACUGGAAUUGAAUUCCAUCUUUGGACGCUGACGUUUUUCUUGAAGUAGAAACUGGAAGUGAUGAGUUGGCAGCAGUACUCCAUCAGAAGGAAUUAUUUUAUGUUUGUGGACCAAGCAGCAACUCAUUUUUUGCACUUUUGGGGGGGGGAAGAAACAGGAGAAAUGUUUGACCACUUUAAUGCGAAUUAAAGACAACACUUUGGAUUUCUUUGAGAAGUUCAAUGUAAAAAGUGAAUUGAAAAGUUUAUAGUUUGCCUUUUUCAAGUAGCAUUGGAAAAAUGUAAUAUAGGUUCAUACACUGGAGUUCUUGGAGAGUAAAGCCAUUAAUCUCAAACUGGAUAAUCUGGAAUUUAAUCUCAAAAUUCUUCCACUUGGUAGGGAAAAGUCCUGCCAAAUAGUAUGGAAAAAUUCAGUGAAGAAACACCUUAAGCUUGUGUAUUACAACCUACUCAGAUCUCUAUGACACUUUUCCAAGGGGUUUCUGCAUGUGGUGCCUGUCUUGGACUUGCGCUAACAGUUUGGUUUAGUUAUUCAAAUCUAGUGCUUCACUUGGUAUCUGCUGCCCCUUUUCCUUUUUUUUUUUUUUCCCCCCCUUUUUUUGUUU